CAAAAUGUUCAUGUUUGUUGUUUUUUGUAGAGCAAGCUAUCGUCGUGCACCAGCCUGCCUCUGUCUGACAGUUUAGGUUUCAUUUUCUUUGAAAGGAAAUCUGUUUAUAUUUCCCCGUCUGUCCUUUAACGCCAACGUUAGCUGUUAUUCGCCACGUCUAUGCAGCGGUUGGUAUGGAGGAACGCAACAAAUACAGCUUCGGCAGCAGCUUUGCAUUUGGUACACCCAAACUUCUCCCCUCCGCUCCAUCUACUUCAGCCAAACCUGCUAUCAGAAUGACAACGGGUGCCCUCAGCACACUUACAGACGUCAGUUCAAUAGAGAGAAGUGAGAACAAACCUUUGUUUACAUUCCCAGCUAAAGCAUUGCAAAACCUGCUAGCAGCACAGCAGCGGGUGCCAAAGAUGCUCUCAGCACAGUUACAGAUGUCAGUUCAACAGAGAAGAGAGCUCAAACCUUUGUUUGCAUUCCCAGCAGCUCAACCAAAGUUGGAAUCUCAAUGGAGAGACAUGGAGUGGACAGAAGAGCAAAAGACAAGUCUGAUGAAGACCAUCAGCUCCUACAGGCCGAUCUGUCACGAGGUGACUCAGGCUCGGGUUCUCCUUCUGGGCCCGGUCGGUUCUGGAAAGUCCAGCUUUGUCAGUUCAGUCCAGUCGGUGUUCAAUGGAAGAGUCACCAACCGGGCCAUGGUGGGCUCCUCCUUGACCAGCUUCACCAAGAAGUCCUUCCACAUCCAUUGUCAGAAGGGAGAGGAUCCUACUGGACUGGUGCUGUGUGAUAUUGUGGGCCUGGGGGGUGGAGAGAUGACCGGACUGACCCUCUAUGACAUCCUGUCUGUCAUUAAAGGUCAUGUACCUGAGGGACACAAGUUUAGCCCAGAUCAGCCAGUGAGGUCUGAGACUGUGGGCUAUGUGAAGAAGCCAAGCCUCAAAGACAAGAUCCAUUGUGUGGCCUUCGUGGUGGACGGCUCUAAAAUCCUGACCUACCCCAAAGGACUUAGCACCACCUUCCAGCAGCUCCGAGAGCACAUCAGUGAGCUGGGUGUUCACCAGGUGGCUCUGCUGACCCACGUAGACCAAAUUUGUCCAGAAACAGCCAAAGAUGUCACCAAGGUUUAUGAGAGCCGCAUCAUUCGGGACAUGAUGAGUAAAGCUGGAGCUUUGUUAGGUAUGUCCACCUCCUACAUCGUCCCGGUGAAGAACUACUCGUCAGAGCUGGACCUGGAUGCGAGCACUGAUGUGCUUCUGCUUAGUGCGGUCGACCACAUCCUGCAGUAUGCUGAACUGUAUUUCCAGGACAAUACACCACAGCACACAGGGCCAAAGAUAGUAUAAAACAUUCAUGUCUGAGCUUUUGAAAUACGUCUUUCAAACAAUAUUAAGAAAGUCAUCAUUCACAUUUAAAUAACCAUUUAUUGUUUUAUGUCAAACGUUAAAGAGCAACCUCAGAUGAGGGAUUUUGAGUUCAGCCACACCUAGUGGUUAUAUCAAAUAACUUUCUCAUAAUGGUUUUUUAUAAAAUUAUAAUGGACCAAAUGGUAUAGUUCAGAAUAAAAUCAGAAGUUUGUGAUAUUUAA